AUGGUCCCAAGUGUCAAAUCCAGGGUCAAGUCAUUUAUUCAGGAUCCCAAGGAAGUAAAACCGAUUUUAAAAGAAGUUAAUGAUAAUGAAUGCAACUUAUUGAACGUACCAGUCAGUGAGAGGAAGGCGCUAUGGCAGGGAAUGAUAAAUAAGGAGGGCAACAAUUGUGAGAAACUUGAUAUCCUGAAAGAUAAAGAUCAUAUUGUCAGGGGCUCCAACCAAUCGUCUGUGAGAACAAGGAUGUCUAUGUUUGAAAGUUCAAAUUUUGCAAAACCCAAACUUUUUGAUUCAAAAGAGUUAGCAUCACAAAAAUAUGAUGCAAGUGACCUUCGUAGUUUGGGUGCUGGCUCUGCAUCAGAUGUUAAAAAUGAUUUUGUUGCUGAUACCAUGUCAGCAAAUGAUAAAGCAACUAAAAACUGUAGAGAUCCAUUUGAAAUAUCUGACGAAUACGAUUUUGGUUAUGAUAGAUCAGAGAAACGAACAAGCAUUUAUAAAUUAAUUAAUCAGCCAGCACCAAAAAAAGUUCAAUUAACUUUGAAUGUGAGUCACACCGUUAAUAUUAGCAAAAAUAUAGAGACUGUCAGUGACAAGAGAACUUGCUGUAGUGAUGAUCGAGUUAAUGAAGAAAUUUUGAAAAAAGUUGACAAUUUCAUUGUAGACAGAAACUCUGGUAGCAAAGAAUCAGUUGAUCCAUUAUUAAAAAGACAGAAAUAUGCGAAUGAUAAUAUUAAUAAUAAUAAUGAUGAUGACGAUUGGGAAGAAGAAGAUGAGGAUGAUGACAAAGGAAAUAAAAGAGUCAGUAACAUGAGAAAGUUGAGAAAGUUAGUGAACCAGUGCAAACAGAGCCUAAACAAUGCUGCUACAGUCAGUGGUGAUGGAAACAAGAAUGAUAGCGAAGAUGAUGGUGACAAUGAUGAUGUAAUUGCAGGCAAUGUGAUUAAUAAAUGCCUCAAGUAUUUUGAUGACUCAGAUGGUAGAAAGCCGCUCAAUGAUAACGACCAGUUAAGAAUUGAAUCAAACAAGGACAAUGGUGAUGGUGAUGACAUCGGUGAUGAUGGUAACAAAGUUCCAGCCGUGCUUAGCUUUUUGAAUCAUCAAAAAAAUCUAAAGUCACUGCCACAACAACCACAACAGCAGCCCCAACAGCUACGUGUGGCAGCUUUAAAUGCUGAAAAAACAGCUAAUUUCAUGGCUAUUGCUUGUUAUGAGGAAAACAAUAAUGACAAUAAUAAAAUGGUUAAUAACAAUUGUAAUAGUAAAAUGAAUAACAAUAACAACAAUAUUAAUAAUAAUAAUAAUAAGGAUUGUAAUGGAAUUGAAAGUAGCAAUGUCAAUAAUAUUAAUAAUGAUAUUGGCAGUCCUGUAAACAAUAAGAAAGACAAUAAUAAUAACAGCAACAAUGAUAAUAAUAAUAAUAAUAAUAAUAAUGGAGAUGAAAAUGUCUACGAGAGUAUAGUGAGUAUGGGGGAAGAGGAUUAUGAUGACAGGUCCAGUGGUCAGCACAGUAAUGAUUGUGGUAAUAAUAAUAAUAAUAAAUUUGAUGAUGAUAAUAAUAAUAAUAAUAUGAGUGUUGGUGGAAUUCAACUUAGAGAUAAAGAGUGCGCUAAUAAAAUACUUGUAGAAAAACGAGAUUCAAAAUAUGCAAUGAGCAGAUCUGCAGAUCUACUCAGUCAGCAAGACUUCAUGGUGCAAAGGCCUUACAGUUGCUCAGCUGCGUUGAAUGGUAGAGUUCAGACAACAUCAUCAACUACCUCUGAUCUUGGGAGUGAUGAUAAUGAUUGUGACGUUGGCGGUGGUCAUGAUAAUGAUGCCAAUAAAAGAGCCACGUGUCUAGGGUUUUUUGGGGAGUCUAAAAAAGUGGGGAAGGUCGAAUGUAAUCCAGCUGCUAAAGGAAUAAAACAAGGAGAGGAUGGUGGUGAUGGUAGUGGUCGUGCUCAUAUUCAUCGUUCUCUUCUUCUGAAUUUGAGUUCAGAUGAAAGUCUUGAUGAUGAUGGCGACAACAGGCUGAGCAUCAAGCAUUAUCAUUUGUUGAUAAUUUUAUUUGUGAUUGUCAAUAUCAUUGUAAUACCGACCUUGAACUUUGAGGCCUUACUGGAGAAGAUACAGAUCGAGGAAUCCAUCCUGCAACAGUCGACCAACGCCUUGAAACAGUGCAACGUCGUCAGCAGCAGCAACAGCAGCAGCGCCAUCGCUAACACGUGUGAACAUGUCGUCGAGUGCCAUAGGCUUAUAUUGAUCUCAAGGAAGAAGAUAGAAGUUUAUGAGAAAGAGCUAAGAAUGAGGCGAUCCGAUUCGUUACCAUGUGGUCAGGUGACCAACUGCAGUGGACGAAUAACAAUCAAUAAUCUAUCUCUCCCACUCCACAGGGAUAUCAUGAUUACAGAAAAUCCAGACCGUCAUUUCUUCAUAGUACACUUGAGGUCAGGCACCCAGUUCUUCUUCUCCCAGGUUUUGAGCCCGGCUCGUUCGGCUACUGAACUUCUCAUACCAGGACCCAUCUCAUUUGACGACUUGCAAGCUGACUUUAGAAUUAUUGUUGAGAUAUAUGCCAUGACUCUUUCAGGUGACUCGGCCCACACUUCGUCAUCAACCUCGUCGAGUGCUGCCAAGAAACGAACUUUUCUGACUCCAAAGAAAAAAUUUCUGCCAAGCAAGUCACCCAUAAAAGUUUCAAAGGCCUUUGAUUUUCAGAGAUUGAAUACUUCUUUCAAUAUUUUGGGCCUAAUGGAAGUUUCUGUUGAUGAUCUCGAAUGUUGCUCCAGAGAGGGUAUCAAGUUCGAUCAGGAUUCGAUUGGCUGCAUUGACCUUUCAACCUGCGUGUAUGAACAAGUAGGACCCAUACCACGUGACAUCUGCGCCCGCCCACACACUUUCCAAUUGGUCAGUGUUAAAAAUCGAUCCACCAACGACAAGGAGACCCUGGUCUCAAAGUUGCACGGAGGCGUGGUUACCACCAAGUAUGUGGCAUCUGAAGAUCAAUUUUGA